AUGGAAGACCAAUGGUGCAACCAUCAAAGAGCAGAGAGUUUUCCACUCCCAGUUAUACUCUACCUAGUUUGCACAUCAGUUGAGGCUGUUGUUGGGAUGUCCUUGAACGCUUUCAUUGCUGUAGUGAAUUGCAUUGAUGGGAUGAGAAAUGGACACCUGAAAUCCAUUGAUAAAAUCUUGACUGCUUUUGCUGUCUCCAGAUGUUUCUACAUGUUCUUGCUGGUUGUCAAGAUUUUCUGGAUAGCAUUCUUUCCUUGGAUAUUUGAAGACACAAGCUUAUACCAAACAUACAAAGCUACAAUGUGGUUUCUAAAUUGUACCAACCUCUUCUUCACUGCCUGCCUGUGUACAUUUUACUGUGCAAAGAUUGCUAACUUCCAGCACUACAUUUUCUUCCUCCUGAAGACGAGAAUCUCCAGAUUGGUACCCUGGAUGCUUCUGGCUUCUUUGCUUGGAUCAUUGGCAACUACGUCACCUUUCUUCAAAGAAAUUUACAUCUUUACAUGCCAAAACUAUAACAGCCAUCUUGCAAGCCGGUUUUGCGCCAUCAUUCUAAAUGCAUGCCCUUCCGUGCAAUCUAGCCUCUUGAUUUGGGGAAAUCCUAAACUGAAAAGGGAAUUCAGUAGAGUUGUGCAUUAUAUCUGUAUAGAAUGA